AUGGACGGCAAAAGGCGCCCCGGCCGUGGCGGUCGCGGCGGUGGCAGCAGACGAGGUCUUCAUUCACAGUCUGCUCAACGUGGCGGUCGACCUACUCAGGCCCCUCGCCCCCAGGAGACUCCUUCAGUACCAGUUGUCCAGAAGGAGGCUUCUCAGCCUGCGCCUGAAACUCUGGACUCGCGUCGUUUCGACAGUCUCUCGCAGAACAACCAGGUUCAUCCUGUUAUCGUCCGCACUAUCACAGAGGAUAUGAUGUUUGAGUUCAUGACGCCUGUUCAGGCCGCGACCAUGGAUGAGCUUCUCCCUCCCAACCGAAAUGACUGCCUUGUUCAGGCUCGGACAGGAACAGGAAAGACAAUGGCUUUCCUCGUCCCUGCUCUCCAGACCAUGAUCAACCAGAACCGUGCUGCUGGCGACGGCAUCUCCCUGCUUGUCAUCUCACCUACUCGUGAGCUGGCUCUUCAGAUUUCUGCUGAGGCUACCAAGGUUCUUCAGCGACUUCCCAAGUACCGCGUCCAGGUCGCUAUUGGAGGAACAAACAAGGAUCGUGAGGAGAGGAACAUCCUCGGCGGCUGUGAAAUUCUCAUCGCUACACCUGGUCGCCUUCUGGAUCACAUGUCCAACAGCGAUAUCAUUUACAGCAUGCGCAACCUUAACACCCUUGUCCUCGACGAGGCUGAUCGCCUUCUCGAUAUGGGCUUCAUGAAGGAUCUCCGCGAAAUUGUCAACCGUCUUCCCGACAAGACCAAGUCUGACCGCCAAGGCAUGCUUUUCUCCGCCACCAUCGCGCCUCACGUCCAGCAAGUUGCUGGUCUCGUUCUGGCUCCUGGCUACAAGUUCAUCUCGACCAUUCCUGCUGGUGAAGCCAACACCCACGAGCGCGUUCCCCAGUUCCUCGUCCAGGUGCCCACCUUUGGAGAUGUUGCACCCGCCAUGGUCGGCUGUGUUCGUGAAGAGGCCACCCGCGGCCAAGCUUUCAAGGCCAUUCUCUUUGCACCCACUGCCGCCAUUGCCGACUUCUACGGUGAGCUUCUCGAGGCUUUGCCCGGACUCCCUCCCGUUUCGAUCCUUCACAGCCGCAUGUCGCAAAACAAGCGUACCAAGAUCACCAACGACUACCGAACCGCUCGCAGCGCCAUCCUGGUUGCUACCGACGUUGUCGCUCGCGGAAUGGAUUUCCCUGGUGUGACUACCGUCAUCCAGGUUGGUAUGCCCGCCGACAAGCAGAGCUACAUCCACAGAUUGGGCCGAACAGCACGAGCCGAUGCCGAAGGUCGAGGAAUUCUGAUCGUCUGUGACGCAGAGGGCUUCUUCCCCAAGUACUCCCUCAAGGAAAUCAGCUUCAAGCCUCGUGAUGCCGACCUCUCUCCCUCCAGAGAUGUUAUCCAAGUUGCCGAAAAGAUGGAGGAUGACUCCAAGACUCGCAUCUACCAGGCGUGGCUCGGAUACUACAACAGCCACAUGAAGAGUUUGAAGUGGGAUAAGGAGGAGCUUGUUCGACAAGCCAACGUCUACGCCCGCGAGGGUCUUGGUUCUCCCGACAUCCCGGCCAUUCAGAAGAGCACUGCCUCCAAGAUGGGCUUGAAGGGCGUUAGAGGCCUAAACACCGUGGCUGACCGUCCUCGACAGAAGCACGGUGCUCCUGGUGGACAUGGUGACAGUGGACGCGGCAAGCGAGGCCGUAACUAG